AUGGCUCCCAUCACAGAAGAGGCCGUCGCCGGCCUGAAGGACACCAUCCACAAGCUCGAGUCCCGGGUCGUCGACCUGGAGAGCCGCCUCGUCAAUGGCGACAAGCCCAAGUCGGUCACCGAGCAGAUGCGCAUCAUCCUGAUGGGUCCCCCUGGUGCCGGCAAGGGUACCCAGGCCCCCAACAUCAAGGACAAGUACUGCGCGUGCCACCUGGCCACCGGAGACAUGCUGCGUUCGCAGGUCGCUAAGAAGACCGACCUCGGCAAGGAGGCCAAGAAGAUCAUGGACCAGGGUGGUCUCGUUUCCGACGAGAUCAUGAUUGGCAUGAUCAAGAGCGAGCUGGAGAACAACGUCGAGUGCAAGAACGGUUUCAUCCUGGACGGUUUCCCUCGAACUGUCGCCCAGGCCCAGCGUCUGGACGAGAUGCUUCUCGCCCGCAAGCAGAAGCUCCAGCACGCCGUUGAGCUCCAGAUUGACGACUCCCUCCUCGUCUCUCGUAUCACUGGCCGUCUCGUCCACCCCGCCUCCGGCCGCUCGUACCACAAGAGCAACAUGACCGACGAUGUCACCGGCGAGCCCUUGAUCCAGCGCUCCGACGACAACGCCGACACCCUGACCAAGCGUCUGGCUACCUACCACGCUCAAACCGCCCCCGUCUGCGAGUACUACAAGACCACCGGAAUCUGGCGCGGUAUUGACGCCAGCCAGGAGCCUGGCCAGGUGUGGAAGAGCCUUCUGGGUGUUUUCAACAAGAACUAA